AUGUAUUUAGAAGAGCAUCCUUUACGAAGGGCCAUGGUGGUUAAUACAGAGCUAAAAAUAGGUGCAAAGAAAAUUAAUAAGCCUCAGAAUCGUUGGGAUAGAGUGGAAGAGAAUAAGGUGGAAAAACUGGCAAAGUACUUGGACCCAAAUGAUUUGGGAAGAAUCAAUUUUAAGGACUUCUGUCAUGGAGUUUUUGCUAUCAAAGGCUGUGAAGAGUUACUAAAAGAUGUCCUGUCUCCUGAAAACUCUGGUCCACGACACUAUGAGCCACAGUAUGUUGAUUACUAUUACCAGGGUGGUGAAAUCCGGGACUGUGCCUACGUGGACAGCGAAAGUGCCUACGGCGAGUUGGAGCUCUUUCCUGAUGACGACGCGAUGACUCUAGCACAGCAAGAGGUUCACCAUGAGUCUGACAUGGACAGUGCUAUUGAGAGUGCCCAGAGCUCGGAGGCCUCUGACGUGUGUCGGAAUGAGGAGAAGGACAGUGUGCUUGGUGGCCUGUUUCUGCCUGGUGACAAGUCAAGUCCUCACAACCCUUCUGCAGCAUCUGACCUCUCAACUUAUUCCACUGCCUCUCUGAUCAGUAAUGAAGAACAGUUUGAAGACUAUGGGGAAGGAGAUGAUGUGGAUUUUACUCCCAGUAGCCCAUGCCCUGAUGAUGAAACCAGAACCAACGCCUACUCUGACCUUGGCUCAUCUGUAUCUUCCAGUGCUGGCCAAACACCCCGAAAAAUGAGGCAUGUUUAUAACAGCGAGUUACUGGAUGUUUACUGCUCACAGUGCUGCAAAAAGAUAAAUCUACUCAACGAUUUGGAAGCCAGGCUGAAAAACUUGAAAGCAAACAGCCCUAACAGGAAAAUAUCAAGCACAGCUUUUGGAAGACAACUCUUCCACAACAGUAACUUCAGCAGCAGUAAUGGCAGCACAGAAGACCUAUUCAGAGACAGUAUAGACUCCUGUGAUAAUGAUAUAACUGAAAAGGUAACGUACCUAGAAAAAAAGGUGACAGAACUGGAGAAUGAUAGCCUGACAAAUGGUGACCUGAAGAGCAAACUGAAACAAGAGAACACACAGCUAGUUCACAGAGUUCAUGAGCUAGAAGAACUAUUGAAAGACCAAGAAACAUCAGCAGAACAGACCCUGGAAGAAGAGAUAAAGAGACAUAGAGAAGCAUAUAGCAAGUACGAAAAAGAGAAAGGCACAGAAAUUGAACUGCUAAAUACAAGGGUUCAGCAACUGGAAGAAGAAAAUGGUGAGCUGAAAAGCACUGUCACACGACUGAAAUCACAAACGGAGAGAUUAGAUGAGGAAAGGCAACGCAUGUCGGAUAGGUUGGAAGACACUAGUCUGCGACUGAAGGACGAGAUGGAUUUGUACAAGAGAAUGAUGGACAAGCUGCGGCAGAACAGACUGGAAUUUAACAAGGAGAGAGAAGCCACACAGGAGCUCAUUGAAGAUUUGCGGAAGGAACUGGAGCACUUGCAGCUGUACAAGCUGGAAUGUGAGCGUCCUGGACGUGGGAGAAGUUCUUCAUCCAGCGUGAGUGAAUUCAAUGCCAAAACCAGAGAGGUGGAAAUGGAGCAUGAGAUAAAACGGCUGAAGCAGGAAAAUCAGAAACUUCGUGACCAAAAUGAUGAUCUUAAUGGACAGAUCCUAAGUCUUAGUCUAUAUGAAGCUAAAAAUCUCUUUGCAACGCAAACAAAAGCCCAGUCACUGGCUGCUGAAAUUGAUUCUGCGUCAAGAGAUGAGCUCAUGGAAGCCCUUAAAGAACAGGAAGAGAUAAAUUACAGAUUGCGACAGUAUAUGGACAAGAUUAUUUUGGCAAUCCUAGACCACAACCCGUCUAUCUUGGAAAUAAAGAAUUGA